ACUGACAGCCUCGACCUCGCCAGGCCCAGAAGGACUUAAGUUCUGUAGCUGURUACCAGAAGAGCAAGACCGAAACUGCCCAUCUCCGGGCAGAGCAGGACAUUGUGCCAACCCCCAGCAACUAGGCCGGAAAGUUCGGGGGGAGCGGCUCGCGCCUGCGCGCCGCCAUCUUGCUAAAGAAGCGCCCGCCGGGGCCUACGGACUGCUCGGUAGCGGUGGGGCGGGGCGGGGCUGMGACACCCAGCUGGGCGGAGCCAGGCCAUGGCGACCGCAGAGCCCGGCGGGCCGGCGAUGAGGGCUGCCACCCCCGGAGCCCGGCCUGGCGGGGCCUCAGGGCACGCGGCAGGAGCUGUGGGACCGCCCUCCGGGAGGAGCGCCAGCGGAGCCCUCCGGCUGGGGGAGCGAACCCCUGCUACAGUGGAGAAGCGUGGACCGUACAUGGUGACGCGCGCGCCGUCCAUUCAGGCCAAGCUGCAGAAGCACCGGGACCUGGCCAAGGCUGUUCUGCGGAGAAAAGGCAUGCUGGGUUCCUUGCCGAACCGCCCCGACUCUUCAGGGAAAAGGUCAGUGAAGUUUAACAAGGGCUAUACUGCUCUUAGCCAGAGUCCAGAUGAAAACCUGGUGUCCCUUGAUUCUGACAGUGAUGGGGAGCUGGAAUCCAGAUACUCUUCCGGGUAUUCCUCUGCAGAGGUAAACCAGGAUGUGAGCCGGCAGCUGCUACAGGAUGGGUAUCACCUGGAUGAGAUUCCAGAUGAUGAGGACUUGGACCUCAUUCCCCCUAAGCCUAUGGCCUCCUCCACAUGCUCUUGCUGCUGGUGCUGUCUUGGGGAUUCUUCCUGUACCCUCCAGUAGCCAUAAUUCUCCAAGGUGGACCCUGCUCACCACGAGGCCUACAGAACCCUGUUGGCCCUUCAUAGCUCAGAGUGCGGUGAGAACUGCUGUCAGUUCACAAUCAGUGGAGGCACUGACUCUCUGGGAAGGUCCAUAACCUGCAGGAGAGCCCUCACCUGGUGCUUCUCAGGCCAGAGCCCCACCUCCCAUAUGGGUGAUGAGGGGAUGGAUAGAAUUCUGCAGUUUUCCUCUGUUGUUGGAGCAGUUUAGAGAAACUACUUUUAAUAAGGGCAGAAACAGGAUUUUUGACUAACAGGUGGCUAAGAAAACCAAUUGCAGAGAUCUUUAUUGGUAUUUGUCAUGGUGCUGUAUGGAAGAGGAAAAGAGCUUUUGAGUUCAGGCUGUGCUGUAGAUGUGUGGAGGCAGGAGACACCACUUUACAGCCUGUAGCCAGGAAUUUCAAAUUUUUAACCAGUACAAAGAAUUCCGUGAGACCAGUACAAAGAAUUCCGUGUUUUCCUCCUCUUCCCAACUCUAAGAUGGAUUAAGGAAGCACUGAUAUGGGAAUGUGAGGCUGCCUUUUGGGCAGCAGUUAUUUCUGUUCCAUAUCCUGGCUUAUAAUCCUCUCCUCUAUUCUCUUGUCUUACCAAGACAGCAAAGUAAAUCCCUUUUGUCCUCUUCAUCUGUCCGGCUGUGGCAGUAAAUAUAACAGGUUGCUUAAUGACACAUCAGGAUCAUGGCUUUCAGAAUUCCUGAACCUGGGGGACACUGUACCAGUUCAGUGUCUGUGUAAGUUUAGUAACUCAUUCASCCCUUCCCUAGAGAAAAACUGGUCCAUCAUGUACAUAUUCAUUCAUUUAUAUUUCCUUGGUCUGAGCUAGCUUCUCCACCCAGUCUUUGAGCUGGAAGAUUGGCUUGGAAGUACUGGCACUGGCUCUAGAAGCCUGAAGUUUUCAUGAUUACCAGCAGAGGGAGCUGCAAAGGCAGAGUGCCUUCCUAUUUGUUGCUUUUUAAAGUUGUGGGAAGUGGUAGAGUGAGUGUUCUGCUGGUGCUGUUUUGUGGUCUUUGGCCUAGACUGCAGCUCUCAGAAUUGGGAGGAGAGACCAAAGCUAGAAACCAGGUCUCUGCCUGAAAUCAGCCCACCAUUACACAGAGCCUCCCCUGUAGUACAGUCCACUGUGGAGCCAGAUUCCUCUGCCCCAGCCUCACAGUGGAUGCUCAGGAUUCGACUUUAUGGACUGGGGGUGUAGGAGCAUUUACAUAGCAUGUGUGAAUCCCUGGAUUCAACCCCAAGCUCUGCCAAAAAUAAAGGAUUGGGCUUUAAGGCAAACCACAGUGUGAACCUAGCCUCUCUUGGCCCCGGCCUGAACAUAGCAGAARCAGGCAUAAUUCCCCGUUGCCCCCACUGGAUAAUUUCUUGUUAUACCUAGCCUCUUAUUGGAAUUUAGUUUUUCACUGCUCCUCAUCCAUUUUUUUUUUUUCCACCUCACCCAGGACCAUGGUGAGGUGGGAGUGGACAGGGUUCUCAGCUCAAGGGGCAUAGGAUUAGGAUAUGGGUCCCAUGCAAAAGUAUCCAAGUUCUUGCUUUACAUAAUGUCCUGUGAUCACUACAGGACAUGGUAUGGUAUCCCUACCACAAGAGGUGACUGGGAGACUGAGAAGUUAGAUAUAAAAUAUACCUUAAGUAUCAUUUGUUGGACAACUAUCCUCAAGGUCAUCCUAAUAGAGCUUGAUUGUUUUUCUCAAACUGGAAGGUUGACAGGAGCUUACAGUAUUCAGAGGCUGUGAUUAAUUUACUCUGCUAACUAGCAGCAUUCUAGAAGGGAGAUAGAUCGGAGACCAGAGGUGUAUCACCUUGGGGUCUGGGGACAGAGGAGGCAGAUGGUUUUUCUGUUCUGGAAUGAGACUCUGCAACUUUACCAAGGCGCCCAACAUUCAGAGCAAGGAACAUUAGCAUCUCCAUUCUGAACCUCUUACCCCACCAGUUAGUUUCUAGGCCUUCAGGUGUCUAUGGAGGGGAAGAGCAGAUGUGGACGGUAUAGAGAAAGACUUUGUGAUAGUGGUGGGGACUUAGUGAGGGCAGAAGGUAGCUGUGGAAGCCAGGUAUGGAUCCAUAUUUCUGUGGGAGGCUUGGUUAGGACCGAUUUACCUGGGCAUUUGGCAGCUGCUSGGAGGUGGCAGCACCCCCAAAUCACACCCUCUGGGUAAAUUGUUGCUGUAAUCAACACUGGGGCACUUGGCUACAAUUCUCCCUGGAAGGGAUGUUCCGCAGCUGGRCAACUCUGUGUAGGAAUUACGUGUGGAGAAAGCUGCAGGAAUAUGGAGCAGGAGACAACUUGUAGUAAGGUGGGACAGAAAUGGUGAGUUUGGGGUCAAGG